ACUAGUAGCAAAGCAAGCUUCGGAGCAGUGAUUCAAAUGGAAUUGUAGUUACUGGUUUGAAGCACGUAUCGAAGCUUCAGUGUCAGACUGCCAUCACUAGCUAGCCGUCUGGCAGCCUUUCUUGAGUGAAACAGAACCUUGUGACUGGAUGAACACAGAAGUCAAGGCAAUGCAGACACGGAUAUGACUGCAAAAUAGAGUCUGAUCAGGCCAAAGGCCCAUUCAGUGUUGGCCAGCACGAUGGCGUAUUAUUAGUUCUAUUUUAGAAAUGUUUGGUCCUCCGUACUAGCCCUGGCAGCAAAUGUAAUCUAGGGGCGCGUCUAGAUUUCUAGGCUACCUCCGUACAGUAUUCUGUGGGAAGUUGUGCACAAUACCAGAUGACAACAGGGAUAGGCUACCGGUGGGAAAGGGAAACGACUGUCUUCAACUUUGUAAAACCCAAAACCAGACUCAUUCACUUCGCUGAAAUUAUGGGUGGACAACGCUAGUGGAAUGUGGACUGAGAUGCAUGCUGAAGCAACAUUGAUUUCCCCACUAGAGUGCACUAAGGAGCUUUGCAAAUCAAAUUUAGGCCUAUGUCAACAUUUUGGCAGGCGGGAUUUGAUGUCAAUCUAAUAGCCUAGCCUGAUAGCCUAGUUUACAACACUUUAGGUUUAAAACAUUUUUUGCAAACACGUCAAUUGAUCAAUUUUCCUCCAACGUAUUGUAUUACAUUUAUUUAUCUGUAUUCAUUUGCGGUUUUAAUAGGUUUGGUGACUGUUUUAACCGCCUGCGUGUGCUCAUUGGCUAGAGUCACGGUAGGGGAAAUGUCGUAAGUGACAGGUCUCUCUUGCCCCACACUUCGAAUCCUGCAUGUGAAUGUAGGCUGGCUGUGCGCAGUAUGCGUGGGGUGGUUUCUUCCAUACCGGUAGAAUAUGUCUAUGAUGAUGAAUAACCGUGAAAUACUGACUUAUAAUAUGUAUUUGCCGUUUGUGUCGUGAAGAAACAAGAAGGUUUGUUGUUACAGUCUAGUUGCAGAGCCGCCGUCUGGGUGUGCAACCGCUCGAGCUCAGGAAAUUCGUUGGGCUGACUGCCGCAUUUGGAUUGCUAAGCCAGCAGUUUGGGGGAAAAUUUUAUAUUUACGCUAUUCAGUUCAGAAGAUCAAUCAUGGCUGGCCCCGAAGCUGCCAAACAAGAGGUUGACGACAACCCAGAGCAAAUUGACGACGCAGAGCUGGCACUGCAAGGAAUAAACAUGCUUCUGAACAACGGCUUUAGGGAGAGCGAUGAGCUGUUUCGAAAAUACAGAAACUACAGUCCCUUGAUGAGCUUUGGCGCCAGCUUUGUGAGCUUCUUGAAUGCCAUGAUGACGUUUGAGGAGGAGAAGAUGCAGCUGGCCUGCGAGCACCUCCGCGCCACAGAGAGGCUGUGCGAGAGCGAGAACGCCGGCGUCAUCGAGACCAUCAAGAACAAGAUCAAGAGGAGUAUGGACUCCCAGAGAUCGGAGCUGGCUGUGGUGGAGCGCCUACAGAGGCAGAUCAUUGUGGCAGACUGCCAAGUGUAUCUGGCUGUUCUCUCCUUCGUCAAACAGGAGCUGUCUUCGUACAUCAAAGGAGGCUGGAUCCUCCGUAAGGCCUGGAAGUUGUACAACAAGUGCCACAGUGACAUCAGCCAGCUCCAGGAGGCCUGCCAGAGGAGUUCCUCCGGCCAGCAGGGGGCCUCGCCCUCCUCCUCCCCCUCGUCCUCACCCCCGUCCUCGUCCACCGACCCCCAGGCGCAGAAGCUCCCGGGCGGCGUUAGCACCGAGACUCUGGGCCGUCUGAAGGGCUCGGUCAGCUUCGGCUACGGGCUCUUCCACCUGUGCAUCUCCAUGGUGCCGCCCCACCUGCUGAAGAUCAUCAACCUGCUGGGUUUCCCCGGCGACCGGCACCAGGGGCUGUCCUCUCUCACAUAUGCCAGUGAAAGUAAGGACAUGAAGGCCCCUCUUGCUACGCUGGCCCUCUUGUGGUACCACACGGUAGUGCAGCCCUUUUUCGCUCUGGACGGCGCAGACACACAGACGGGGCUCCUGGAGGCCAAGGCCAUUCUCCAGAGGAAGGAGGCCGUCUACCCCAACUCCUCCCUCUUCAUGUUCUUCAAAGGCAGGGUACAGCGUUUGGAGUGUCAGAUCAACAGUGCCUUGACUUCUUUCAAUAAUGCCUUGGAGCUUGCCACAGACCAGAGGGAGAUCCAGCACGUGUGUCUGUAUGAGAUUGGGUGGUGCAGCAUGAUUGAACUGCGCUUUGCCGAGGCCUACAAAGCCUUUGACCGGAUGAGGACAGAGUCUCGCUGGUCUCAGUGCUACUACGCCUACUUGACCGGAGUGUGUCAAGGUGCUGCCGGGGACCUGGAUGGGUCAGCAAAGGUGUUCAAGGACAUCCAGAAACUCUCCAAGAGGAAAAACAAUCAGAUUGAGCAGUUCUCCAUUAGGAGGGCAGAGCACCUGAGGAAGCAGUCUCCCACCAGAGAGCACUGCACUCUGGCUGUGAUCGAGGUGCUGUACCUGUGGAAGGCGCUUGCUAACAGCUCUACCUCCAAACUGCAGCACAUGACCCAAGUCCUAAAGGACAUAGAGGAUGCCUCAUGUGCAGGUCUUAGAAAUUUACUUCUGGGUGCCAUACAUAAAUGUCUGGGAAAUACAAAAGAAGCAAUCCAGUGCUUUCAUCUGGCUGCCAGAGAUGAAGAAGGCCGACUUACUAACUCCUAUGUGCAACCCUACUCCUGCUAUGAGUUAGGAUGUGUACUACUCGACAGCCCUGAGUCUACAGCAAAGGGCAGGGGUCUUUUAUUGCAGGCCAAGGAGGACUAUGCUGGCUAUGAUUUUGAGAACCGCCUCCAUGUGCGCAUCCACUCAGCUCUGGCCUCGAUCAAGGAAGUUGUACCCCAGUGACCCGGCCCCCUAUCCCCAGCCCGCCCCCCCGGUCACCCCGUCCAGUGUGGUUCCUCAGCUCCAUACAGCCAGACAGGAACGUAGUGGGCAUGUGCCAAUCCUGACCGAGUAAUGCAUACUAAUCACCCAAAGGAUUGGCAAGUGAACGAUGGUCCUCCAUCUUCAAGGAAACUUUGUGUUAUACAGUCUGUUUUAAUUACAUGUAAUAUCUAGUAGAUUUGCCCAAAUCUCAUUCCCUUGCUAAUUUUAUUUAACAGCUCUGAAUGUUCAUAUGUGCCACUAAGUCACUUUAUUUUGACUUUUAAUAGACUUUAUUUAUUACCUUUUCAAAAAACAAAUAAUGGCCUGCAUUAUUGGCAGGUGAACUGUAAAGAAAUUUGUUUCAUAGGGUUUGCAUUAUUUUUACAGAGAAAAUGAAGGUAAAGGAACGUUAGCAGAGCACUGUAUUACAUCACAUACUAUCAUAAGUUACAUAUCCAGGAGGGUUGUGUGUGUGUGUGUGUGUGUCUUUGGCAAAAGCUGUAUGAGUUCUGUGGGGGAAAUUGCAUAUGGAUGGUUGCGGAGCACGAGAAUGAGGCGGUACAUGUUUUAUUGUAAUGUGUAUAUACAAUUUGGGUGUAGUAUGGUAUCGAUAAGUGGUGGGUUUCAAAUAUACACGGGAUAAGGAGGUGAGGAGGGAAGGUCUGCAACAGCUGGCCACAAUUUUAUUAACCUCAGGUCAGAGAAAUUUCUUGAAACUGUUCAUAAUCCUAAUUCGUUGUCUUAGUUUGAGACGAAUGUUAAUUGGUCAACAUAAAGGUGGUUGCCUGUACAAAGCUGUAGUAAAAGCCAAUUGCAGGUAUUAAGUUAAUAAUUUGUGAUCCUUUUGUCCAGUGUUAAAAAAAAAAGAUUUUGCUUAAGGGUUUAUUGUGGUAAUGGACAGGACAGUGCCAAUAACAUUGUGAAGUUGUUUCAAUGGGGAAUGUGGUACAGUACUGCACUGCAGGCACUAGGCCGAUAAGUCAUGUCAUAAGUCAUAAAAACUAGUAAAUAGCCAUUUAUAUUUUGGCAUCAUUCUUUGACAAUAGUUUCCUAAAUUCAAAAUGGAUUUAGAUCCUUAGUUGCAGCCUUCAAACUAAGGAGGACAGUCACAAGACAAUCAUUGUCUUAUCAUGUUACGUAAUUUACUUUGGGGUCCUGGUAUAUGUCAGUGGGUCAUUAUAGAAAGAUGGGCCUAUGGUUCAAAAUGUAAGCCUACUGUAUGGGUCAAACUCUGGCAAUGUAUGUUAAGAUUGUUUUCCUGGAAAACUUCCUGUGUCAGUAUCAUCUGUCAAAGACUACUGUUUUAACAAUAAAUUGUUUUUUAAAAGCU